AUGAAGCAGCUUAACGAAGAUCUCGUGAAACGGUUGCUUAAGUACAAGACUAAGUGUCUCGGCUCUGGAGCACAUGGAGAAGUUGCUCUUGUUAAGUGGAAGGGAAAGCCAGCAGCUCUUAAAGUAGCCAACUCUCCUUCCAGUUCCGAAACUAUCGCCAGCGAAGCCGAAGUAUUGUCGUUACUGCGCGGCACUGGUGGAGCUCCUCUUCUGCUGGGAGUUGCUAACGAGCCUCCAGCUCUCCUGUUAACCUACAAAGGUGGCCAGACGCUUGGAGACUUAUACGAAAACCCACUUUACAUCAACAGCUUAAUCGACGUCGGGCUUCAGAUUGGCGCAAAAUUACUGGAAAUUCACGAGGCGGGUUUUGUGCAUAACGAUAUAAAAAGCAAUAAUAUUAUGGUCGAAGGCCCGCCUCAGAAUCCAGAAGUAAGUAUAAUUGACUUUGGAUUUGCCUGUGCCAACAAUGUAAACGUUUUCAUCGAAGCAGACCCAGAAUGUCCCGCAGCAUACGCCCCCGAAGUCCUUCGACAAGAAUGCAGUACAUACGCAUCUGACGUUUACUCGUACGGAGUACUGAUGCAGGAGAUCCUGCAGGCGUCGCCCGCACAACAACCAUCACUAGAACAGGUAUUCCGGGAAGCAACGCACCCCAACCCUAAGAGGCGCCCGUCACUUAGAAUCCUGCUCCACCGUCUACAUGAAAAAUUAGGCAAAACUUGUUUGACUUUGAACCGUAAAACGCUUCAUUGGAAUCCUCCAGAAGCUGUCAACUUUGCACACACAAAGAUAAAAAAUCCGGGCCCUAAAAGGGGCUGUCCCGGCGUGGAAAAGUGCCAACGCCCUAAUCAGCGGAAUCAAAGGCCUAAUUGUGGGAACUACUUUGAACAUAGUGAACACUCUAGCCAGCUGUAUGAGAGGCCUAAUCGUGGGAACUACUUUGAACGGAGUGAACACCCUAAUCAGCGGAAUCAGAGGUCUAAUCAGGGGAAUAACUUUGAACAGAGUGAACACUCUAGCCAAUUGUAUCAGAGGCCUAAUCGUGGGAACUACUUUGAACGGGGUGAACACCCUAAUCAGCAGAAUCGAGGGAACUACUUUGAACAGAGUGAACACCCUAAUCAGCGAAAUCAGGGGUCUAAUCGGGGGAUUAACUUUGAACAGAGUGAACACCCUAAUCAGCGGAAUCAGAGGUCUAAUCAGGGGAAUAACUUUGAACAGAGUGAACACUCUAGCCAGCUGUAUCACAGGCCUAAUCGUGGGAACUACUCUGAACGGAGUGAACACCCUAAUCAGCGGAAUCGAGGGAACUACUUUGAACAGAGUGAACACCCUAUUGAGCGAAAUCAGGGGUCUAAUCGGGGGAAUAACUUUGAACAGAGUGAACACUCUAACCAGCUUUAUCAGAGGCCUAAUCGUGGGAACUACUUUGAACGGAGUGAACACCCUAACCAGCGGAAUCAGAGGUCUAAUCGUGGGAACUACUUUGAACGGAGUGAACACGCUAACCAGCAGUUUCCGAGGCCUAAUCGAGGAAACUACUUUGAACGGAGUGAACGCCCUAAUGAUCGGCAUCAGAGGCUUAAUCGAGGAAACUACUUUGAACAGAGUGAACACCCUAACCAGCAGUAUCAGAGGCCUAAUCGAGGGAACUUUUACAUUGUUUCCUCUAACUAUAGGGAUCAACUAUAG